UUUCACUUAAGUUUUUUUUUUAACAAAAAUGGCUUCCUUCUUUUCACUUUCUUUUAUAUUAAUUUUCUCUUUAUACAAUAGCUUUGCUUAUGCUAAUACUGUUCCAUAUCUUGAUGAUCUACUAGAAAAUGGAAACUUUGAACAAGGGCCAAAACCAUCAAACAUGAAUAAAACAGUGAUCAUAGGCAAACACUCCUUACCCAAAUGGGAAAUCAAUAGCAUAGUGGAGUGGGUGUCCGGUGGGCCCCAGGAAGGCGGAUUCUACUUCCCGAUCCCUCGUGGGGCCCACGCAGUCCGACUUGGGAACGAGGCUUCCAUCUCUCAAUAUGUGAAGGUGAAACCAAACACAACAUAUUCACUCACAUUUGGAGCCACUAGGACUUGUGCUCAAGAUGAGGUCCUUACCGUCUCCGCGGGAGGCAUGUCUAGUGAUCUUAACAUUCAAACAUUGUACAGUGCUGAUGGUGGUGACACUUAUGCAUGGGCUUUCAAAUCAACAUCUAAUCUUGUUAAGGUCACAUUUCACAAUCCUGGUACUCAAGAAGAUCCAACAUGUGGACCACUUAUAGACCAUGUUGCAAUCAAGGAAAUGCUCAUGGCAACAUAUACUAAAGGUAACUUAGUGAAAAAUGGUGGAUUUGAACUAGGUCCUCAUGUAUUCAAGAACUUUUCGACAGGGGUACUCGUCCUGCCUUUAAAACAGGACAAGUACUCACCAAUUCCAGGAUGGAUGGUUCAGUUUGCAAAACCAUCAAAAUACAUAGACUCGAAGCAUUUCUUCGUGCCUUCAGGAAAUGCAGCUGUUGAAUUAAUAGGAGGAAGGGAAACAGGCAUUGCACAGACGAUACGUACAAUCCCAAAACAGUUCUACAACCUGACUUUCACCAUAGGCGAUGCACAGAACAGUUGCCACGGAACAAUGACAGUUCAAGCAUUUGCUGGAAAGGCUAGUACACAAGUUACCUUCGUAUCGAAUGGAAAAGGAUGGUCCAAGACUGCAACCUUCAAGUUCCAGGCUGAUUCAAUUAGAACAACAAUAGCUUUCUACAAUCCAUACUAUCACACCAAGAUACACGAUUUUGGACACAUGUGUGGACCUGUUAUCGAUGAUGUUAGUCUUGUUCAUGUUCGUAAAUAAACAGAAUCAAGUCAUCAUACUCAGGACAGAUCAAUUAUCAAGACAAAGUAUUAUCACGAAAUACAUUUUUUCUUCUUAGUUUUUCACUCAAACACGAAUGAUACAUCCAAUAAAAGUGUAAAAUCACUCUCUUGUUUCGUUGUAGAAAUGUAUUCUCUUGAUUCCAAA